AUGAAAAUACCACCGGAAAAAGAUGCGAUAUGGAUUUCCUCGUCCCGACCAUUGAUUUCGUCUUUCAGGCGCGAUGAAAUGAAUCCAUCACUCCCCGCGGAAUGCUGCGAAGGGUACGAGGCGUCGCCGGAGGGAGGCUGCAGACCGACGUGCUGGAGGGGAUGCAUCCACGGGUCCUGCGAGGAGCCUGACGGGUGCAAGGCGAAUCUUGCGACAGUGUCCGUGGGGCCGAUGGGGAUCCGGAUGCAAGAAGGAAUGUACAUGCAGCCUCGGCAAGAAAUGCUGCCCGGAGACCGGAACUUGCACCUGCCCGCCAGGCUGGAUGGUAUUUUUCCGGCGUUUUUGAGCGUCCGCGAAUUGUUUCGCAGCGCGAAUUCAUUCCGACAGGUUUUUCUGCAUCCGCAUUUUGGGAACGUUUUGCAGGUCCCCAUGUCCACCGAACCGGUGGGGCCAGAGCUGUUCAAAUCACUGCGCUUGUCGCAGCUUCGAAACCUGCGACCCCGUCAGCGGCAAUUGCACUUGUAUGGCCGGAUGGACCGUACGUUCUCUCUGUUUUCAGGAAAGGAUUGCGAGAGGAAUUGCGAGGAAGGCAGCUGGGGACCCGACUGCAAGAAUCGAUGCGUCUGUCUAAACGGAGGAACCUGCAAUGUCCUCAACGGGCACUGCACGUGUCGCCCCGGCUACGGAGGAAAUGAGGUCUGCGCCGCCCUCCUCCCGUUCUGGUUACCGUUUCUUCUGCGGGAUUCCAUUUCCCGCCGUCGGAGGGAGCUAGUGGCUCGCUCUGAGUUUCUCGGGUUUCGGUCGUUUCCGAUUCCCAUUCGACUGGCGGGUCGCCGUCAGACGUUGAUUUUUCGUCGAACCCUCGACUUCGAUCAAGUUUCAACGCUCCAACCUUUUCCCACUGUCGACACAACGUUGUCGGACAGAACGGAAUUCAUACAGGAUUGGAAGAAAUGCCAGCAACUUCAUAUAAUAUCUAAAGAAUUCCCAGACGAUUUCCAUCCUGUCGCUUUAGUGCCAGUGCCGUUGCGAGAACGGGGGGACCUGCACCCCGGACGGCGUCUGCACCUGCAGUACUGGAUGGUUCGGGACGCGGUGCGAGAAACGCGUCUGCCCCAACCACCUCUACGGACCCAAAUGCGGGAAGCAGUGCAUGUGCGUGUGGGUCAACACGGAAACGUGCGACCCGUUGAAAGGCUGUCGGUGCAAGCCCGGCUGGGAGGGUUCCCGGUGUUCCACCAGUUGCCCGCCCGGCCGAUACGGGAAGAACUGCAACUCAACGUGCUUGUGCAAAAAUAA